AUGGCUGCCGAGCCGCUAAAGCCGAUGGAGCGCGCAGCCUCGUGGUUCUAUUUCAAUGUAGGCAAGAAUCAACUCAAAAACAACUUACCAAAUUGGUGCAACAAAACCCUGGAUGCCUUGCCGGGCAACCUGCACGCUGCCGAGUUCAGCUUAACAGGCAAGAAGAGGGUGCUCAUCACGCGCGAACCCGAGCAGAUCAAGGCCGUCCUUGCGACCAACUUCACCAGCUUCGGUCAUGGUCCACAGUGGCACAAGCUCUGGGGGCCGUUCCUCGGCGAUGGUAUCUUUGCUAUCGACGGACAGCAGUGGCAUAACAGCCGUAGCAUGAUCCGCCCCAUGUUUGCGAGAGACAGGCUUCGCAACCUGACGAUAUUCGACUACUGCACGAACAAGUUGCUCUCCAAACUGCCACGCAGCGGCGAGACGGUCGAUCUCAAGGAUCUGCUCUACAGGUGGUCUCUGGACGCCGCGACAGACUUUCUCUUGGGUGAAAAUGUCGACAGCUUGGACAACCCCGUUCACGACGUUGCCAACGCGAUGACCGUUGCCCAGCGUAUACAAAUGUUGAUAUUCGUCCUCAACCCAAUCGCGCCAAUGAUUCCCAAGGGGAAAUACCUUGAGGCGAUCCGAUGCAUCGAGUCAUUCAUCGAACCGAUUAUCGGCCGCGCCCUAAGCCUUACCGAGAGUGAACUGGACGAACUCUCCAAGUCGGACAUGGAUUUCACGUUUCUCCAUAGCAUCGCGCGAUUCUCCAAGGAACCGAAAGUCCUCCGGGAUGAGAUUAUGUCCGUGCUGCUGGCGGCAAGAGACACAACUGCAGCUACCAUGUCGUGGGCAAUGUACGAGCUGUCCAACUGCCCGGAUGCGUGGGCGCAGUUGCGGCGAGAGGUCAUCGACACGCUCGGGGUUGACCAACGGCCGACCUACGAGACUCUGAAGAACCUAAGAUGCGUUAGAAACACCCUCAACGAAACGCUACGCAUUCACCCAGUGGUUCCUCUCAAUAUGCGUCAAGCUCUAGAGACAACGACGAUCCCUGGCGCACCGGGUGAGCCAAAUGUCGUACUCCUCAAGGGGGACACCGUCACGAUAAACACGUCUGGGCUACACGGGCGACAGGAUCUGUACCCUCCCGCUUCAGAGACGUUUGUAGACCCCGCUAUGUUCAGCCCGGACCGUUGGAAUAACUGGACACCACGGCCAUGGACGUACCUGCCGUUCAGUGGAGGCCCGAGAAUAUGCGUUGGCCAAAACUUUGCCCUCACCGAGAUGGCUUAUUGCCGUUGA